AUGAAAACAGCAACGUCGGCGGAUGCUCGCUACUCUGUGGACGCCUCUCUCGAUAUUCUGCACCGCCUGCUCGACGAGGAGAGCCUUGUGCUGGCUCAGCUGACGUACGUUGUGGAGCACAUACAUGCCCCACUCCUCGAGGGCUGCAACCCGAUGAGGGCGGCGCAACGGGGACGGCAGCCGCAGAGCAGUACCGCGCCAAAGCCGCCCGAGGUCUUGACGUUUGCGCAGCAUUGGGAAUUGUUUGCCAACAUCGCUACAUUACAAGGGGCGCAGAGCGUGAUUGUUAGCAAACUCGAGGCGGCCGUUAGCCAAAGCACUCAUCUGCUUGAGCAGCAACAGCAGCUGCGAUGGCAAGGAACAAAAAGAAGCCCCCGCAUCAAAAACUCCACGGCAAGUGGCAGCGAGGAGGAUGUGGGUGAGCUGCACACCAUCCCUGAGCUCUUCUGCUCAGCAUCUAUGCGGCACUACAUGGCGGAGCAUAUGAUGUACAGCCUGAAUUAUUGUCGCAGUAUCGCCCCGCGUGUGAUGGAUUUGUGGCGGCUCUGGCGUUGUCGUUGCUGCAAACAGGCCAGCACCAACCUCAACUCGGAGGAGCAGCAGCAGUGGCAGCGGUACCACCGCUUUCUGCGCUUCUUGUAUGAUUUGAGUGGCGAAAGUGGAGUCCCGGGAGACCCUCGUGUCGUGUCGACGCGUCUUCCUGAUACCCCCGCCACCACAACACGCCCGCUGCAUGGACACGCUGGCAGCAUAAGCAGCAACAACUUCAAUACCACUGGUGGUGGUAGACUGUCUAGUGUCUUAACGCAGGAUGUGCCGCCUAUUCCGCCCGAUUGGGGUGGCUUCGAGACGCUGCUGGUUCUACUGGCGACCCCACUUGCGUCGCUGCGCCGGUACAUGCACGUUGCCCGUUGCCUUAUCGAGUCGCAGUGCUUGGGCCGGUCAAUGCGGCAGCGGCUGCAGACAGAGUUUGUUGACGUUGUGGCGCUGCGCGUGGCGGAGGAAGGCAGCAUUAUGCUUGACGAGCUGGCGAAGCAGGACAACGCACACAUCAUGGCGCUCAUCGACGAGGUCGCCGCCCCCGCGCCGCCGGGGUCGAGCGAAAAGAAGUACCCGCGCAUCCGUCCCGACACGGACGGUAGCCGCACGCUUGUGCACUGCGGCCGAUUGACGAAGCGGUUUCGCCGCGGCCGGCACGAGCGGUUGGUGUUUCUAUUCAGUGACUGGCUGUGCUAUGUGGAGGAGCUCGCAAAUGGUCGGAUGCGGCUGCGCGCAUCCAUCUCACUGGAAGCACUGAAAGUUGUGGAGUUGGAUGACGCCGCUGCUCCUGAAAUGCCUCACGGUUUCGAUGUGGUGACGAAAGAGACGCGUCUCACUUUCUUUGCGCCGACGCGGGAGCAGAAGCAGCAGUGGGUGGACGCGCUGCGCAGCACUGUCAAGACACACGAGAAGCGGGUGCAGAGGUGUGCCGCACUGCAGCAGCAGUCAGGAGACGUGGCUCGUCUGAUGCGUGCGACGGCACCACCCUUGUCUCACAACUCGCGUCUACACCGUCAGCAGCGCGCGGACCGCGUCCGCCAGAAGCGGAUCGAGCACCGCUCCAUGGCGACAUCGACUGUCACCAAGUCGUCGCUGCCAGAGGCCUCGCCGGUGUCCGCCGUGUCCAGCAACUCAGCGAAGAAGUGGCGGUUCUCGUCAUCCCGGCCGCCGCACGGCAGUUUCGACGUCACACCCUGGGCUCAGCAGUCAACAGACACGGUGCACAGGCGGGUGCGCAGCACUGACUUUCUCCCGACGUCGUGGGCGUCGCCGAAGGAGAACUCUGCAGAAGAAGUGGACACUUUGACUGUUGUUGAUGCGUCUCUUGGUGCUGGGGGUGGCGGCAUCAACACUGGUGGCCUGUUGUUGUCGCCCUGUGACUCACGGAAGCCGCCACGGACGCCGAUGGCGCGUCUGCUGUCGGAGCGCUUUCAGGAGUCCUCGCUGCAGCCGUCGUGUAACAGCAAUGCCAGCUCUCCAAAGGCCAAGGAUGCGUCGCAAGCAAAUGAGGGAGAAGGAAAUGAGAGGAAAGAGUCUGGUAGAGAGGUUGGGGGGGAGGAGGAGGAAGAGGAAGAAGGAGAUGAUAGAAGUGGGCAUGGAAGCGCAAAUGAUGACAAGCCAUAUGAGGUAGAAACUAUCCAGCAACAACUUUUACUCUCUUCUGCAGCCGUGGUGGAAAUCGAAGGUGGUAUCAACGUUGGCAGCAGCCGUAGCAGCAGCAGUGACAACCGGCAUGAUGGCAGGGUAGAGAAGACUGUGCUUGAUGAGUCUGAGUGA